AUGAAGCCAGAUGCACGGUGCAAGGCUCUGGAGGCGGAUGCGGACACCGAGACCGUUGAGGCACACCGUGUGCACUGCCGAGGUUGUCGAAAUUGGAUCGCCCUGCGAAAUGACCGAGAGUACGACCGUCGCAACUGGGAUAAACACAAGUUGGCUUGCCCACGCCUCACUGGCGUAGAGAAACGCCGGAGAGUGGUCGGCGGCACACCUGUGUCAUCGUCGCAGCACCCAGAGCCUCCUGCGAGCGGGAACCAGGAACUUGAGGAGAAGGCGUGGACGAUAGAGGAGCAGCGCACCUUUGAUACAACACUGAAGGCCCAUGCACGAUGGGAAGUUGACUAUACGAGUCGCUUCGUCAAGGCGAAGAGGUGCGGCGGGACGACAAGCAACAGCACAGAGAUAUGCGAUAUGUGCGAUAUAUUGAGUACGUCGUCCAAAGCUCAGCCUGAGCAGGCAAACAAGGAGGCUGCGCUGCCUGAAGAUCAGCAGAGAGAGCGGCACGUGGCACGCGAGAAAUACCUCCCUCAUUCGGUACGGGCGCUUGAAGCGCGCGACCUUCAAGCCAAGAUGCACGAUCCAGCCGUCUUUCGUGUUUGGAAGCUCCUCGAGCACAACAAAUCUACCGAAACAUUCAUUGAGCUCUACGAACAGGCCCGCGACGGUAGAUUGGCAGAUCGCCAGUCGUUCAUCAAUAUCUGCCAGGUUAUGGCAGACCAAGUACACCGCCGUACGGAUCCCAACUCGAAGCUCAAGCACGGCGCACGAUACCCACGUGAUUAUAUGAAUUGCAUGGUUCUCAUGCGAUCGUAUGGCCAGAAGUCGGCGCAGCAAUACAGCAUCUUGAACGGCGCCUUGGGUGGACCAUGCCCACGGGCACUGAGGUAUUUUGUAAAGAAGUCGCCCGAUUGCCUGAGCGACCCCGACCUCGCGUUCGAGAAUGUCGCCCGUGUCAAACGGCUAAUCGAUGCGCUCAAGUACAGUGGCCCUGUGGCGCUUGCAGGCAACUGUACCAAAGUGCGCAAGCGUCUCACGUUCUCGAACGACUAUGGGAGCCAUGUCCUAGGUGCUGCGCUACCUCUCGAGCAGUGCGCCGUCAAAGAUACGAAUGACAUCGAGAAUUUUGUCACCCGGGUCAGCGAUGGUAAGGAAUUUGCGACACAAGUUCGUGCAAUUCUCGUCAAGAUCCCUCUCCCGCAAAUACCCCCACUCGUAAUUGCCCUCUGUCCUACAAAGGGCAACGACGACGCGACCGGUAUACAUGCGCAACACAUGCAGUUCCUUGCUAUGGCGAAGCAGCUCAAAAUGGCAGUUAUCUCAACAGCUGCCGAUGGUGCAUCAUCCGAGCUUUGUGCUCAAGCAUUGAUGGACUUGGAGAAGAGCGAGCUGGCUCCACUCGCAUAUGAUUUCCCACUCUACGGUGUACACUUGCGCGCACCUGUCUUCGAAACGACAGGACCACUUAUCUCCGUUCAAGAUCCUCCGCAUGCACGGAAAACCUGUCGUAACCAACCGCAGCACGGCACGCAUACUGCGAGCCUCGGCAAAGGCUACGUUGUCAACCGCUCGUUCCUGCAGCUUUAUGAGACCGGGAUAUCUGGACUCCAGCUUCGCGACGUCCAGGAUGUCGACAAGCAGGACGACGGUGCAGCACGACGCAUGUUCCAUCCCAUGGCCCUUGCAGCGACAACCAUCGAGAGGCUGGACGGCAGUCGGGACAUCCGCCCCGAAUUUCUGGGCCUAUUUCCAUUCUGUCCCUGGCUUCUCGGUACUGAGUUUGUCGAACACUUCUUCGGCCUCGCUCACUCACUACUUCCUGACUUUACCUAUGCUGAGCUACUCAAGCUAGUAAAGCAUGUGAUGCUCCGCCAACGGAUACUGCUUUCUGGCGACUUUCAAACCAAGAAGGAACGAAACUCACGCUCGGGCUACAUUCUCGACUACGACCCUACCCCCCUGACACCAGAAGAACUUGCCCAAUCAUGUGUCAAGAUGCCCGAUCACAUUCUGAACGACUUGGUCGCCCUUGCCUUCGAUGAGGCUUCCCAGAUCUGCAAACAGCUCCUCGGCAUGUCUUUCCCGGCAAACCAACCGUUCACUCUCACCACGCUUCAAGCCCCUCCGCCUCCACGCCGAAAGAAGGGGACCAGCAACGCUGACGACAGUGAUACCGAUGAUGACGAAGAUGACGAUGCCUCCGACGUGGAAGCAGACGAUGGGGCAGACACCGCAAAUGAUGAGAGCUCCAUCCGUGCCGAGGCUGCCCAUUAUGCGGCGCGAUACGCAGCUCUAUCAGAAGAUUAUGAAGCUACACUCGACGAGCUUCCCCCAGAAGGUGCGCCGAUGAUAUUCCCGGCACCCGCUCUCACUCCGAGUGUGCCGGUCGACCCCGCGCAGUCUGCUUCUAUCAUCCCUCCCGCUCGACCUGUUAGCCAAAUACUGGACGCCAACAAGAAGGUCUCUAUUGCGCGAAUGGUCGAUGUACGUACGAAGAACCAGUCCGGGACAUCAACACGAUCUGAGCGCGUCAUCGCCAUUGAUCAAAAGUUCGCCCUCGCACGACUCUUGGACCCGGCGAAGAAUUUUUUGUCAAUCCGUCAAGCAGCCCAUCACCUUCGCGUCUAUCAAGCUCUCACUAUGGGCGGCCGUCAAGAAAAGACGAUCCGUGAGCUCCGGUGGCAAUCAGUGGUCAAGCAGGUUCAGGCCGCUGUUCCCGAGGAAGGUGAGUAUAGUACCUGUCCCCUUGUUGUCUUGUGCGCAUCACCUUAUAAACGUUCACAGAUCUCCCGAACAUUGCAAGCAAGAAUGUCAAUAGUCUCUACCCUCUGCGACCCGGCAAUUUUGUCAUCAUGCGUAGCUCAAGGAAGUCGCAUCUGA